UUUUCUCAUUUUAUAAUUUUGUUUUAAUUUGAAACAAAAAUUAUUCAUUUCGCUUAAAUUUUGCUAGCUUAGUUUUUGUGUGCUUUUGUAGUUAUGUAUAUAUAUAUAUAUUUCUAUUUUAGUUUUCAGUUCAUUUUAGAUUUAAUUUUUUUUGUAUAAAAUUAAGAAUAAUAUGAAAAUGAAUGGUAAAAUAUAAAUAGUUGAACAUGUAGUCUAGUUUUAAAAAGCGUUAUUAAAUGUAAAAAAAAAAAAAAAGAAUGAAGCGGAAUUACAUUCAAUAAAGGAUCAUUAAUUAAAUAAAUAAUCCAUAUAUAUAUUAUGUAUGUUAGCGCACCCUCUAGUGGCUCUAUACGUAGACGCGUGCGCGUGCCCGCUGACGUCACCGUGCUGUAAACCCACAACCAGCAGAGCGUCACAGAGCAACUCCACGCUGAUAACGCUCGAAUAAUUCGUGUUCUCACCCCGCGUGCGUCUGUUUUUCUACUUCAACCUCGUCAGCAGACAAUACUCAAACACCAGCGUUCACUUCCUACACAAUUCACCCCGUCGAACCGGCUGUUUCCCAUCUUAUACGUUACACUUCCGGGUUUACAAGCGUCUUUUCCCUCUGAGGAUCAGCUGUGAAGAUUGAAUGAAGCAGAGAAGAGGAAGAGAAGAAGAGAGCAGAAUAAUAAACACAGCGUGCCCGGAGGACGACCAGAGAAAGCGGCUUUUCUGGAUUUUUUUCUUCUGACGGGAGCGCGCUGGCGUUCACCACAUCUCCUAUUAUUAUAUAUCAUCAUAAUCCACAGAAGUAUGAAGAUCUGUCAAUGGUGACUCAUCCUACAGCUCUUAUAUGCGAUUUCUUCUCCUCCUCCGAGUUGUUGUUUUGGAUCUCCAGCACUUCAUUUAGUCUGUUUUGAGAGUAUAUAUUGAUAUAUUAAGAGAUUAUCUUGCUUUUUUCUGUCAUUUGUGCUGCUGUCACGCUUGAUUGGGAUCUGGGAGAACGGCGCGUGCACGAGUCCGGCUGAUUUAUCUGUAUUAUUUUCAUGGUUUAAUGACAAUUAAAGUGUCGCCGGUUGGACAAUGAAGAAGUUCUUCGAUGCCCGACGGGAGAUGGUGAGCUCCGGGCCCGCGUCUGGAGCCGGUGCGGGAGGCGGCGCGGGCUCCGGUGCCUUCAUCGGACGCGUUUUCUCCAUCGGACGCUAUCAGGUGACCGUGGAGGAGACCGUGGCCGAGGGUGGUUUUGCUAUCGUGUUUCUGGUGAGGACUCAUCAGGGCGUGCGCUGUGCACUGAAGAGAAUGUAUGUCAACAACGAACACGACCUUCAAGUAUGCAAGAUGGAGAUUCAGAUUAUGAGGGACCUCGUGGGGAACAAAAACAUAGUAGGCUUCCUGGACUCCAGCAUCACAGCGGUGGGAUCAGGGGACGUUUGGGAAGUUCUCAUACUGAUGGACUUCUGUAGAGGCGGGCAGGUUGUGAACCUGAUGAACCAGCGUUUGCAGACGGGCUUCAGUGAGUCGGAAGUGCUGCAGAUCUUCUGUGACACAUGUGAAGCUGUUGCUCGACUACAUCAGUGCAAACCUCCCAUCAUCCACCGGGACCUCAAAGUGGAGAACAUCUUGCUCCAUGACAGAGGUCAUUAUGUGUUGUGUGAUUUCGGUAGUGCCAUCAACCGCUCCCAGAAUCCGCAAACAGAAGGUGUGGCGGUUGUAGAAGAAGAAAUCAAGAAGUACACUACUCUUUCAUACCGCGCCCCAGAAAUGGUCAAUCUCUACGGAGGCAUGGUCAUCACUACUAAAGCAGAUAUAUGGGCUUUAGGCUGCUUGUUGUAUAAGUUGUGUUAUUUCACAUUGCCGUUUGGAGAGAGUCAGGUGGCUAUCUGUGACGGCAGCUUCACCAUCCCAGACAACUCCAGAUACUCACACGAUAUGCACUGUCUCAUCCGUUACAUGCUGGAGCCAGACCCUGACAUGAGGCCAGAUAUCUUCCAGGUGUCAUAUUUCGCUUUUAAACUCUCCCGGAGGGACUGUCCGGUACAGAACGUUCACAAUUCACCCAUUCCAACAAAACUCCCCGAGCCAAUCAGGGCGAGUGAAGCUGUGGCCAAGAAGAGUCAAAACAAAGCCAGGCUCACUGAUCCAGUCCCCACUACUGAGACAUCCAUCGCACCCCGGCAGCGUCCCAAGGCUGGUCAGGCUCAACCAAUCACAGGCAUCCUGCCAAUCCAGCCAGCCCUCACUCCUCGCAAAAGACCCAGUGCACCUCCAGGACCCAGCCAACCAAUCAGUGUCAACAUGGCUUCCCAGCCUCCUGUCGCUCAGCAGCAAGCCACUCCCUCUCCACCACAGACCACACCCCAGCACGCACAACUGUUUGUGCAGCAGCAAAAUACAGCCUUCUUUACUGCUCAACAGCAGCAGAAUCACUCAACGCAGACACAAAUGCCAGCUGCAUCUCCCUCCACACAAUCUAAACCUAAGAAUAGGGCACCCCCUCCACCCAUGCACCACCCUCAACCCGAUCGCCUGACAACACUAUCAGCAACCACACAGACAAAACCCAAAGCAAUGGCCCCAGCCCCGCCUGCUGAAUCUUCACAUAGUGUAGAUGGUGAGGCCUCCGUGUCUGCGCAACCUAAAACCAAAGCUAUGGCACCUCCACCCCCUGCAUCACAUGCCUCCACUACCCUGCCUCCACCUAACAGCACCUCAGCAGCAUCCACUUACUCUGGAGGAGAGCCAGAGCAGAGGUCUGCUGCUGGAAGUCGUGGAGUGCAUAAAGUCGGCUCUUUGACUCCACCCUCUUCCCCUAAAGCCGCCCCUAAGGGAGGACACAGAAGAAUACUAAGUGAUGUCACGCACAGCACCAUAUUUGGAGUUCCUGUGAGCAAAUCCACCCAACUGCUUCAAGCUGCAGCUGCAGAAGCCAGCCUCAACAAAUCAAAGUCGGCUAGCACUACUCCAUCGGGGUCUCCGUGUUCAUCACAGCAAAGUGUUUAUCAGCCAGCGGAUGCUUCUGGACACUCGGCUGGAGCUACAGGAUCCUGGAACCCAUUUGGCGAUGACAAUUUCUCCAAGCUCACAGCAGAAGAGCUGCUGAACAAGGAUUUUGCCAAACUGGAUGCCAAGACAGCAGAGAGAUCCUGUCCUGAAAAUCUAAUUUCUGGGUUGCAGUCUGUGUCAUCCAAUAAAGGCUUUCUCCAGGGAGGAGCUGGAAUGGAUUCGCUGAUCCCUGGUCUGGAUCCUCUACAGACUGAUCUUAAAUCAGCUGCACUUCCAGAAUGUUUGGUUGGACGGGAUUCACUUCUGGAUGGUUCGCUUCUCUCUCACCCCUCUGCUGGGGGUCUACUGCUGUCUUCCCCCUCGUCCCUGCCUGUACCAUCUGUGGACCAGUUUACUGCUUUGAGCAGUGGACCAUCCCACCAGGCAUCAGAUCAGAAUCACCCACUCUCAGGCUUUCAGUCCUCUGAGACUGGAGACCAGAGCUCCGAUAACCAGUUUGACCCAAUUCCAGUGCUUAACUCCAAAAGCUCCAGCCAAGGUGGUCAUUCGCGCAGCAACAGUGGCAGUUCUGAGACCAGUCUGCCCUCGCUGGCAUGCUCCCUUCUGCUGGUGGACCAACUCAUCGACUUAUAGAGGAAACAGAGAGGGAGAGGGCAGUGUGCAAUUCUUUAAAAAAAAAUAAGCAGUAGUUUAGAAACCUUAAGUUAGUCCAUCCAUAUUUUCUUUUUGGCAUUCUUUUAAACUUUCGCAGUAUCUUUCUUCUCUGUUGAUCCAUAAACAUUCACAUGACUUUCAUUCAUUUAUGCUUCAUCCAUCACAAUGUAAAAUUUGCUAAGCUUUUUUUUUUUAUGAACUUUUAUUUUGAACGAACAGCUUAGCUAGGGUUAAUGGCAAGUCAAAGAUCGAAAUUCAAAAAUAAGUUGUUGUUUUUUCAAUUAAAUUUAAGAUACAUAUAUAUAUAUGUAAAUAAAACUUUUUAAACCAUUGGGAAAUUGUGUAUAAAGUCCACGAUAUUACAAUUUGCGUUAUUUAUUUUGUUAUCGCACAUCAUUAGUGUUAAGGUGAAAAAUUAAUCUGUACAAAUUAAUCCACAAUGAAGAAACCAUUUUGUUUUGGUAAUCUUUGUCAAUCCAAAGGUCGAAAUUUAAAAAAAAUGAAAAUUAUUAUUGUUUAGUUUAGUUUUAUUUUUAAUAAAAUUAUAAUUUAUACCAUUUGAAAAAUGUGUAUAAAGGCCACAUGAUAGCAAAUCAUACUAAAUUGUACGAAUUAUAUUUCAUAAAUUAAAAAGUUAUGAGUUGCUGUGAGAUACUGUUGCGUUAGUCUUAAGGUGAAGAAAUAAUCCAGACAAAUGAAUCUACUUGAUAUCAAAAUUUGCGAUGCUCAUUUUGCUAUCGCACAUCGUUAGUCCAGCCAGAUCUCACGAGGAAACGUAACUAUUUUACAAUUUGUCCGUUUAAUGAUAAAUUCAAAUGAAUUUGUACAAGUUCAUUCGCAAUAAACCCCACUACUAAACGUAACCAUCAUUGGGGCAUAUGUACUAAAUUGUACGAAUGAGAUUGUACAAUUUCAUACGAAUUAACCACUAAAUCAAAAAGUUAUGAAUUGCUGUGUGAUAUCGUUGCGUCAGUCUUAAGGUAAAGAAUUAAUCUGUACAAAUUAAUCCACAAAAAAGUCCAUGUGAUAUCAAAAUGUUGCUAUGUUUAUUUUGCUAUUGCACAUUGUUAGUCCGGCCAGAUCUCACAAGGAAACGUAAUUAUUUCACGUUUUGUCAGUUUAGUGGCUAAUCCUUACAAAUUCAUACAAGUUCAGUCGCACCAAACCCCACCCUUAAACCCAACCGUCAGAGGGGGAUAAGCAAACCGUACUAAAGUGUACGAAUGAGAUGUCAUACGAAUUAGCUACUAAAUCAAAAAGUUACGAAUUGCUGUGAACUAGUGUUGCAUUAGUCUUAAAGUGAAGAGUUAAUUGUAUAAAUUAAUUUACAAAAAAAAGUCCACGUGAUGUCAAAACUUGCCAUGUUUAUUUUGCUAUCACACAUCAUAUUAUUCUUAAGGUGAACAAUUAAUGCGUACAAGUUAAUUGACAAUUUAUUUAUAUAUAUAUAUAUAUAUAUAUAUAUAUUAUAAUCAUUUAUAUUAAAUAUAAUCUUUGUCAAUCCAGAAGUCAAAAUUUUAUUAUACCAUUUGAAAAAUGUAUCUAUAAAGUCCACAGUAUCCAAAUUUGCGAUGUUUCUUUUGCUUGCACACAUUGUUAGUCUCGUUAGCACAUAGUUUUGUUGUGAAGAAUUAGUCUGUACAAAUUAAUCCACACAGAAUUAAAAAAAAAACAUUGUUUUGGUAAUCUUUGGAUGUCAAUCCAAAAGUUGAAAUUUUUUAAAAUCAUUUUUAAAAAAACAAGUAUUUAUAAAGUCUGCAAUAUACAAAUUUGCUAUGUUUCUUUUGCUAGCGCUCAUCGUUAGACCUAAAGUGAAAAAUUAAUCCAUACAGGUUAAUCCAUAAAAAUAAACCAUUUUGUUUUUGUCAUUUUUUUUUUUUAAUCCAAAGGUCUAAUCGUUCCUUGCCUACGAGUUCUGUUUGCUAACAGCGUGACAGCGAAAACUACUGGCCUGGCAUACAUAAUCUUACAAUUUUGGCAGUUUUCACGUAUAAGCGUGUUUUUGAUCAUUGUUUUUAAAAAUGCUAGGUCAACACUUUUUUGACCUGAUUGUUAUCUAAACAAUCUCUUAAAGUAUAUUUGGUCCACUUUGUAGAUUAUUAAAGAAAACACUAAGCACAAAACAACUGUAUUAUAACGGUCUGAAAAACCAUACACAAAACCCUAUUAUUAUACUGAGAUUUGUCCAGAAAAAAAAUUGUUAAUGCAUUUAAGUAAAAAGGUUUAAAACAAUCAAUUGAUGAAAUAUGUCGGAUAUGAGUACAUUUGGAUUCGUGUAUGAAUCCUAACUACACAAGAUGCGAUAAAAGCUAUCUUUUCCAUAUUCAAAGGAGCCCCAUUUUAAAAUUGGUUUCAUUUUUGCGAUGCCAUGGCUGAAAAACAUCAUAUACUACGACAAUGAUCGCCUCAGGUACUAAUUAUGGGCUUCAUUCAGUGUUAAAGCUUCCAAUGCGAGUUUAAACAACAUUUUACAUACCAUUUAUUGCCAUACUGAAAGCAGCAGCAGAUAGUUCACCUCAGAUCUUGAAAAUAAACAAACUAGCAAAUGUAUAGUUUGAAAAUGAAUGUCAGAACUCAACAUCAGUCACUCAGCAUGUACUUUUAAUAAUGUUAAAGAGGUUUAGUAUGUGUUAAUUAGAUUAUAAACCUGCGCUUCUGAAUGGCUGGUAUUUAAAUGUUUCUGUCGGACAAAUUUCCUUUCGUGUGCAGUUACGACUCGAUAUCCUAGGACUUAAUAUCGAUAAACCUAAAUGACUAGUUUGUUUUUUCAUACUCGCGCAAAGAACAUUUACAGAUUUUCCCAUCCACAUUAUCGAAUUUAGUUCAAACCAAGUCUUUAAACCAAGUGUUUUCUUAUAGUCCGUCAAUCAUCUUGGGUUUGAUUCCUGGAUGCUCUUUCAUUCUAUCAUUCUUUUCUUCAUCGUAUCUCCUUUAUUUUGAUUCCUUCAUUCAUACCCCCUGCUUCUUAUUUUUAUUAUUUGCUGUUUGCACUGAGGUGUGGGACACAGAUGUACUACCUUUACAAGAUGACCAUAGAACUCAGUAAAAUGAAAAACAAUCUGUAAACAAAAAGAAACCAGAUCAUAUGGGCAUAAUAUAGGAUGAAUGUACACAUUCUGAACCUGUAUAAAUGUGCAUUAUUCUCAAGAUACAUAUUAUACGAUGAUUUAUCUGUAUGUUAGGGUACAACGUUCUGAUGUUUGUCAACUGUAUUGUAUCAUUUUUGCCUGUGUUUGUUUCUCCACCGAAUGGGGUGUUUUGGAUAAACUUGAAUAUACAGAAAGAGCCUAUCAGGGGUGUGCGCUUUCGAGGCAAGAGAUUCAGUGUUCGAUAGCGUUCGUCAAAAUUGAGAAAUGUAAAUAUAAGUUCACGAGCUUUAUUUUUUACUUUUAACCAUUGCCGUCUCAAAUAGCCUCUAUUUUGAAUCAUAGCCUCUAUUUCAAUAAGACAGAUGUGUGUUAUUUUCUAAGCGUGCGUAAAUGUGUUUAGACGGAGCCUAUGACAGGCUGCUCUUCCCGAGGUCUCGUCUAUUGUGACGUGUAACAGAAAUGAGAGACUCAUAUCAAACAUUCCUUGAUUUCUUCUUGAGUUACUGCCAGAAAAUUGGACCUAUAUAUUUUUAAUCGAAUUUCCUUUUUUCAGAAGGUAAAAUAGGAAUUGUGAAAAACAAAGGGUUUUAUUGGAAAGUGUUGUGUCUUCAUGACCUUAAAAUAUCAUUUAUUUAAUCCUGUAAUGCAUAAAUGCACUGAACAGAAUGGCUUGUUAUCUUUAAAGUUAACUCUUCAGCAUUUAUCUGAAAAUGGUCAAAUAUUGACCCAUGUAUCAAUCUGUUACGUUAUUUUGGGCAUCAGGCAUGCAAAGUCACAUUUUACAAUACAUAUCAAACAUAAAACAGAGCUCAAUAUAUGAACACAUGUCUGUACGUACUGUACUAUAUGUAUGAUGUUUGGAUUAUUCAUUAUUAGAUUAGAUAGAGUUGUAUUGUGUUAGAUGCUAAAAGCGUCAUUUUAUUUUGAGUUAAUGUUUUGUCUGUUGAUCGUUUGCAAAUGUUGCAUCGCUAGAUGAUUAUUGUGUAGGUUUUAACCCAGGCUUACGAGAGAAGCAUUUCAUGAGGAUGAGCAUUUAAGGUGCCGUUUACACUCGUGAAUUUCAUUUUGCAAAUGAAAACACUCUUCGUCCAGACUGGCGUUUUUACUGUGUUUUAGAAAAACGAUCUUCUUCCACACUAUAUUGUGUGAAAUGAGUUCACUACAUUACAAAAGCCUUGUCGCCUAUCCCAGUUUUAGGAACAACAAAUAAUAACUUGACUUGUAGUUGAUCAUUUGUCAUUGGAAGUGGCUCAUAUGAAAGGCGAAGGCCUCUAGAUUACACUUAUUUUACCAAAAUAAAAUAUGACCAUACCUUGAUUUUUAAUGAUUUAAUUAGGACAGUAAGAUCUGACUUUGCUUAGACAAAAGUCUUGUCACUUAACAGUAAUAAUGUCCAGUAUAGAAUAUAAAGUCAUGCUGCAGUGGAAAAAAUUGAAUAUUGAGACUCCUGUGAGCCUGGAGGAUCAUCAAGAUCCUUUGCAUUUGGAUUCAUCUUCAAUGCCUUCUCCAUCUUAACCAAGACAUGCUCAAUAAUGUUCAUGUCUGGUGACUGGGCAGGCCAAUCCUAGAGCAUAUUGAUCUUCUUUGCUUUCAGGAACUUUGAUGUGGAGGCUGAAGAAUGAGAAGGAGCGCUAUCCUGCUGAAGAAUUUGCCCUCUCCUGUGGUUUGUAAUGUAAUGGGCAGCACAAAUGUCUUGAUACCUCAGGCUGUUGAUGUUGCCAUACACUCUGCAAAUCUCGCACACGCCCCCAUACUGAAUGUAACCCCAAACCAUGACUUUUUUCUUCACCAAAGUUGACUAAUUUUUCUGAGAAUCUUGGGUCCAUGCGGGAUCCAAUAGGUCUUCUGCAGUAUUAGUGAUGAUUGCAGUUUAACAAAUGAUUCAUGAGAAAAAAUCUACCUUUUGUCACUUUUACAAAUGAUCAACUAGAAGGAGUCAAGCUAUUAUUUGUUGUUCUUACAACUAGGAUCAACGACGAGACUUAUAGCAACAUUUGUACUUUCAGUCUACUGUUUAUGUAAUGGCCAUAUAACAGGGGCAAAGUUGUCAGUAGGGAACACACAAUAGUCCAGCAGACCAAUCAGAGCGAUUGUGAUUAGCCUUGCCUCCAUUUUCAACUGUUUGUGUUUCAGUCCGUCUACAAUGAAACAAAACACCAGUGUUUAUCAUGCAAACUACUUUUUAAAGUGGACCUAUUAUGCCUUUUUUUUCAAGAUUUAAAAUAAGUCUCUGAUGUCCCUGUGUAUGUGAAGUUUUAGCUCAAAACACCACACCAAAAAUGUUUAAUGACACUUUUAAACUGCCCAUUUUAGGCUUUGAUUCAAAUUGUGGCAAAUUGGUGACUGUUGCUUUAAAUUCUAACGUGAUUUUUUAAAAGAGGGCGGAGCUACAAAUAUAUAUGUGUCAGUGGGGGUGAUCAGUGAUCAAAUACAUAUGUGUCAGUGGGGGGAUUGGGACAUAGUCAAUCAAAGCAUUUCAGCAGACUGUUUUAUCAAGCCUGAUAAUAAAAGAGUAGAAGUAAUAAAUGUUUUACCAUUAAAGGCUAGUUAUAUUCAGACACUCUCACCACAAAACUGUGUUUAAACCCCUUAUAUAAGUGAUUUUUACAUAUUAGGUCUCUUUAAGAUGAAAAUUUGCUGAAUUAUUGUCUUUAAAAUCAUAUUUAUCAACUGUAAAAGCAGUCAAAACAUGAAGACAGGGCAGGACAUAGAGUAGCUGCUCCACCUUUUUUCAAACUCAUCCAAUAGAAUUUGGUUUAUAUCUAGUGAGAGUAAGAUCAAGCGCAUAUAUCAGUAGCAUCUUGAUGGGGGUGGGGCAUGUAAUACUAGAGAACAGUUGAUUGGUCAACAGAUUUGAUGAGAAACUAAAGCAUGCUUUGAAAAUCAUUGAUCCAUUUUGGCGGAAGAAACCAACUGCAAUCUUGGGAUGUUUAUAUCUUCUAAAUGCAAAUUUUGUCACUGUUUUGAAGCACGCUAGCUUUUACAUAUCAUUAAGACUAACAUACUAAUAGUAACAUCUGAAAAAGUUUAUUUCAAUCUCUCGGGGACUUAAAAAGAUGCUGGAAUAAAUGUAACAAAUCUAAAAUGCACCGGUGUAAACGGCACCUAAGUCCAUCUCUAGACUAUCAGUGGGAUUUAAGCAAAUUCAUAUACAAUGGGCAAAACCUACAAUCACCACAAGUUUCAAUGAGCAUGUUGGAAAUGUUAUGUUUGUGUUUUCUUUGCCAUGUACUUAAUUCCUCUUUGUUCUUUCUCCCUUUGCUUGUUUUAUCGUGGCUGAUCUAUGCAAUUUGACUGUGCUCAUGGUUCCUCUUAGAUAAGCACCUAGCGGUGUGGCUAAGUAGUCUUAGCGUUGAAGUCUUUCUUGUGUUCUAGUGUGUGUUACACCCCACAAAAAAAUGACAAAGACAAAAAGUCAUAUCUAUCCUGGAAUGCCAUGGUUUAACCAUUCUCCCUAUGUUAUUGAGCGCCGUAUUUCUUUUGUUUUUAUGCGACCAGUGUAUAUUCUGAUAAGGGACAUUAUUGAAUAAAAUUGUAGACUUGAAA